UUGUCUUGUCAUAUCACAAUAAUUAUAUUGAAAAAAGAUUUUAGUGUAAAAUAAUUUCCAAUAAAUUUUUCAUAAAUUAUGAAAUAAUAAAAUGUGCACAUUUUACAUAUUAAAAAUAAAAUAAUAAACCGUAGUAAAACUUUUAUGAAAGAAAAUUCACCUUUGAUUUUAAUUUAUUUUUGCAAAAAUACAUACGUAAAAUUUAUAAAAUUUUGCUGUUCAAUGAACUUCAUUACGAGUUUUGUGUUUUGUUUUAAUUACUCAAAAAUAUCAAUUUUUAUUUUGAAAAAUGUUUAAAAUUACAUAAAUAUGGAAAACGAAUCAAUUAAGUCAGAACACAGUGGAAGAUCUAGACGCUCAAGAGCAUACCAAUCUAAUACAAAUAAUUCCAACAUAAAUAAUUUUGGAUCAUCAAAUAGCAAUAGUGGACAAAAUAGAACACGACAUUCCCACAGAAAAGGUAGUGGUAGUGGUAGCGGCAGCACAAAAAGAAAUAAUACAACAGAUAAUAUGGCUCCCUUUCAGACAAGUGUCAAUCUUACAGAUAGCGAAAACCGUGAUGGACAAGAGAUAAUCGAAGUUCAAAUACUACCACAAGAUGAAAACUGGGGUGAAAAUACUACAGCAGUUACUGGUAAUACUUCUGAACAAAGUAUCUCAAUGGAGGAUAUUAAUGGCAAUUGGAAUCGAGAAACUGAAUCUAGUUUAGGUUUUGCUUGCAAGCGUUAUAUAGAAUCAACGUUUUCAUUAACAUUGGGAUUCGUUUCAUUUUUUUCACCUAUAGCAAUGGUAAUGAUGCCAAAGUUAGGAUUCUUCCCAUCAGCAUUCGAUAAUGACGAUUUAACGCCAACAAAGAAAUUCCAAUUAUUGGCUUGUAGUAGUGAGUGCAAAGGUUUACUAGUGUCUUUGACAGCGCGUUUAAUUCUUUUAGCUCUUGGUUUAUGGGCUGUAUUUUUAAGACGACCAAUUGCGACAAUGCCGAGAAUAUUUCUAUUUCGUGCAACAGUUUUACUUUUAGUUACUGUCUCAACCUUUGCUUAUUGGCUUUUUUAUAUAGUGCAAGUUACAAAUGGGGCUAAAAUAUUAGUUGAAAAUGGGGAUGUUGUUGAUUAUAAGUCUCUUGUGUCAUAUGCAACAAAUUUUGUAGACACACUUCUUUUUAUCCAUUAUACAGCCGUUGUUUUACUGGAGAUACGUCAUCAACAAUCUUACUAUUAUAUAAGAAUUAUCAGAUCACCAGAUGGAAUUAGUCGUUCUUACGGCAUAGGCCAAUUGAGUAUACAAAGAGCAGCUGUAUGGGUUCUUCAAAAGUAUUAUAUUGAUUUUCCAAUAUAUAACCCAUACUUGGAACGCAUUCCAAUUUCAAAAUCACAAAGAAAACAAAUUUCAUCUAGUUUUAAAUAUUAUGAGGUUGAUGGUGUUAAUCCAGCUCAGCAACAAAGUCAAAGUAGGGCGGUUUUGGCUGCAAAUGCCAGACGGCGUGACUCUUCACAUAAUGAAAGAUUUUAUGAAGAACAUGAAUAUGAAAGACGUGUUAAGAAACGGCGAGCUAGAUUAAUAACUGCAGCUGAAGAAGCCUUUACUCAUAUAAAACGAAUACAUAACGAACCCGCUCCAGCAGUGCCUUUAGAUCCACAAGAAGCAGCUCAAGCAGUUUUUCCAUCAAUGGCAAGAGCUUUGCAAAAGUAUCUACGUGUGACAAGACAGCAACCAAGACAUACUUUCGAAAGCAUUUUAAAACAUUUAGCACAUUGCUUAAAACAUGAUUUAUCACCAAAAGCAUUUUUAGAACCAUAUUUAAAUGAGUCACCAGUAAUGCAAAGCGAAAAAGAACGUCGUAACUUUCAAUCCUGGUCAUUAAUAUGUGAUGAAUUAUUAUCGCGACCUAUACGUUCUGGUUGUACUUUUCAACUUAUUCAAAAUGAUGUUUCACUUAUAGUAACCAUUCAUAAAUUGCCUCAUUUCAAUAUUUCUGAAGAGGUUGUUGAUCCAAAAAGUAAUAAAUUUGUUCUUAAAUUAAACUCAGAAACUUCUGUAUGACAUAACGGUAACGAAUAUACUCAAAUAUUAGUAUAACAUUUAUUCUAAAACUAAAAGAAAACAAAAAAAGGGAAAUAAACUAUUUUGAAUCCAAAUAUGUGUACUUAAAAACUCAAAAAAAAAGAAUUAAAAUAUGUAGCUAUAUAUUAUUAUAUUUUACAAAAAGAUCU